CCGGCUGCAGACACUUCUUCUCCUCGCUCACAACAUUUUCAUGACUGCAGAGACAUUUAGGCGCGUGUGGACAUCAGAAAUAGACAGACACAUUUUUCCUUUUGCAUGUCACCAUGCGCUGGUUGCUGGCUGGAUGCUGUGGGCUUGCCUUGAUCAGUCUCUCAGCGGCCCUGCAGGUCAUCCAGAAGCCCCGGUUCUAUGGUGUAAAACCUGGCCACAUUUUGAUAAUGCGCUGUUCCUCAGAGUCAGACAAGCCAGCCACUUUACAAUGGUACAAGGCCGAUGUGUAUGAUCAGAAACCUGAAGAGAGAGUAGAGGUAAAAGGAAAAAGGUUUGAAUAUUCUAACGAGGGUGUGAACCAAAACGCCUUUCUCUACAUCCGCAACACGCACAGAGAGGACAGCGGAGUUUACUUCUGCAAGAUGAACAAUGAUACAUGGGGCUCUGGAACUGAAGUUAGAGUCGUCAGACAGGACGUUACCAAGGCCCUGCACUUCAGCAGGAUGAAGGAUGGUCUCAUUAUCUUCCAGGGCCUGCUGUUGGCUGUGUGUAUUGCUGCUAUGCUGCUCCGCAAACAUACACAGAGCGAAAAGAGCGAUAGUGUAUACGAGGAGCCUGAAACUGAUCACAUCUACGAGGGCUUGGCAAUUGAGACAUGUGGCGGAGGUCUGUAUGAGGAACUCUCUAUCUACGCCCAGGCCGAGGGAGCUGAGGCCCCAUGGGAGUGAGGCCGACUUUACCGAACUACCUUUCAUUUCACCGCCUCAGCAGUUUUUACAAAAAAACAAAAGGACUGAUUACACGUUCUUAACUGUAAGUUGUAAAUUGACAAUAAUACAUUGAGUCCUUAAUGAGCUCACUCAGAUAUGGAGAUGCGCCAUUUGAUUCAAGUGCAGUGUGUGAUUUGUUUGGAAAUGUGCAGCAGUAUGCUUAUUCUUAUGCUUG